AUGGCCGCCCCAGCAGCAACGGCUGCUCCUUCGGUUCCUCCAUCACUCUCGCUCCCACCAUCACAAUUUGCCCGCAUCCAGCCUCACGCCUACCUCCUUGCCCAUCUUUCCCCUCCAUCGGCGAGCAACCAACCUUCCAUUCGCGCCAAUGGCCGCGCUCCCUCGCAAUUCCGAGUCACAUCAGCCAACGCGGGCUCUCUGACCCAUACAAAUGGCAGCGCUGUAGUGCGCAUCGGUGAUACCGCAGCCGUAUGCGGCGUCCGUGCAGAGCUCUUACACACCGAAGACAUCGCCUCAUGGAGCGUCUCGCAGGCCUCAAGUUCUAAUAAGCGCCGGCGUCUCGCAGACCUUGGCGAGAAGCCAACCGAGGAAGACGAAGAUGAAGAUCCAGAGGAUGACCGCGCCCAUAUUGAAGACCUCAACCUACUCGUUCCAAAUAUCUCCUUGAGCACCGGAUGUGCGCCGGGCUUCAUUCCGGGUGCGGCGCCGUCUGCGCUCGCCCAGUCACUCUCCCACCAAAUCCUCUCUCUUCUACACAGCACACGACUAGUGCGCGCGGAUGACCUGCGUGUCUGGUAUCAACAGCCCAAUCUUGGACCGGAGGAACCAGAACGACACAACGAGAAUGAACAAAUGGAUGUGGAUGCCGAGCAGAGUGCGACUAUCGAGGACAAGCCCCGGGAAAUUAAGGCUUUCUGGGUUCUUCACAUUGAUAUCAUGAUAAUCUCCCUCGCUGGUAACCCCUUCGACGCUGCUUGGGCUGCCGUGCUUGCCGCUCUUCGUGAUACGAAGCUUCCUAAAGCUUGGUGGGAUGUCGACAACGAGACUAUCGUUUGCUCGGACAGCGUUUCAGAUGCUCGCAAGCUUUCGCUGCGUGGUCUACCUGUGGCAAGCUCAUUCGGUGUCUUUGAGGCGGAUGCUGCGGCAGGAUGGCGUGCAAACGUUAUUCCUGAUGCUACAGAGCAAACCCAAACGGGCAAGAAGGGCUCCCCGGAGAGGUGGAUCCUUGCGGACCCAGAUGGAUAUGAAGAGGGCUUGAUUCAGGAGCGGGCUUGCAUUGUUGUUGACAAGCAAAAAGAUGGGAAGACGACCAUUGUGAAGAUGGAGAAGAAUGGAGGCUGGACUGUGGACACCGAGGAUCUUCGACAGCUGGUGGAGAUCUCAGCCCAGAGAUGGGAUGAAAUGAAACGGAUACUAGACCAAUGUUAA